AUGGGCGACUUUGAAGAACUCGCGAUGAACGCAGAGGCCUUUGGACUUCUGCAAGAAAUUUCUGCAUUGUUAAACACCGGUCUGAAUAACGAGGAACUCCUAAUGUGCUUCAAAAUGCUGGAAAGUGGCGUCGACCCGACUGCACUCGCCCUUCUUGUGAAACAACUCAAGCGUGACGCAAACGCCGUCAGGCUGGAGAACGAAAACACAUCGGUACCCUCUACCAAGAACCCUUAA